AUGCCUGAGCUCACGCCUGCACAGGUCGCCGCGGCGGAAGACAGGAUUAGGAAUGCUGGCAGAAUCCCCAUGUUGUCUCUGGAACUGUCUCUCGGACUCCUUUUUGGUCUUGCAUUGUUGGCAUGCAUUGGUCGCGUGGCAAUCCGCCUUUCAUCGCGCGGACGCCUCACCCUAGACGAUGGGCUUCUCAUCUUCGCUUUUGUGUGCCUCGCCUUUAGCACCGGCAUCAUGUACAAGAUAGCACCCAAUUACUACAUUGUACAAGCAUUGAUUCGAGGCGACCCGGCCGCUAAGAUCAUUGUUUCAGGGCAAGGGCUCCGGAAGCUCACUGCGCAUUACAAUUGGACGUUCGCGAACCUCGUACUUUCAUGGACAGCUGUUUUCGCCGUAAAGGGCAGUUACUUCGCGCUCUUCUACCCGAUGAUGAGCGUCAUGUCAAAGCAUGUGAUAUGGUUCUACUGGGCUGCAGCAGCCUUCUCCGCCGCCUCCUGGUUCGUUCUGGCCUUUGGAUCCAACUUUAUUCUCUGUAAAGAACUUGGAACUGCAGCGGUGAAAUGUUACUUCAACAACAGCAAACACGGCAUGCUCACCCUCCUUGCUGUGACCGCCACUCUCGACGGCCUGACCGAUCUCACCAUCGUCGUCAUCCCGAUAUUUAUUCUCCGCAAAUCCACAAUGCGAGGGACUGUCAGACUCGGUGUCGGUGCAUUCCUCAUGCUCUCGGUCUUCAUGCUCAUCUGCUCCAUCAUCCGCGCCGCUGGGGUAUACUACCAAGGAAUCAUUGAUUGCCGAUGGCAGUCAUAUUGGUGCCAUGUCGAGGCUUGCAUUGCAGUGAUCAUGGGAUCUUUGACGGUGUAUCGCUCGACCUUGGUCGGUUCCAAUGAGGUCCCGAAUAAGAUGCAGUCAUAUCUUUACAAGUGGUUUGGGAUCACGUCGGACCAGAGCCAGGACGAUAUGUCGGUCUUGAUGCAGAAUGCUGCGAAGAAGGGCAUGCAGCCAGAGCCGGACAGUUCGAGCGAGGAGACACUUGUGGGCACGUACAACGAUGAGAGCAAGUCGACUGUAUCUGUAAAACAUGUAUAA